ACAAAGGCUGAAAAGAGAAGAAAGGCGCGAUGAGCAGUCAAGGUGUGUGGGAGCAUUUGCCUCUUUUGUUGAGAGCCAACUCCAAAGAAUCGGUGGAAUACAUACUUCAAGCCCUGUGGAGGACUCGCAAGACAGGUCUCGACGCCGCAGACCGCCAAAUUAUCCGGGAAAUGCUCGACCUCCCCACUGAUUCCGACCUUGACCCUAUGUUUGGGGCUCUACAGCUUUUGGUGUGCCUGCGCAUUUUGAUGCGUAGAUGCGUGUUUGCGGAGGUAGGGAAGGAUGAAAUUCAGAAGCUGUUUCCAGAUGGGGUCCUGCCUGAGUUGCAGAGAUUGCUUACACUUCUGUUCCAAAAAUUUCAAAAGGAGUGGCGAGAAGAUGCCGUAAAUGAUCGGCGGCAAGCUUGCCCCAUUUAGAGAUGAUUACUUGGAGGAGGGGGGUGGGGGGCUGAAACUCAAGACCCUGUCGGUGUACUCCUCGCGGUCUAACUUUAAUGAAACCUUGAGAUGAUGAGGAAUAGAUUGAAGACUGAUGAUGCAUCUCCCUUCAUGAUGGUGCACCUUCUAUUUCAUACCCCUCAAUGAGUCAAUGCCCACAGGGCCACAAUGCAUAUGCAAUGGACAUCACUAUUAAGAGACCUGUUUAUGUUUUUGUGAUUCAAUAUGUUCUUAUGUAGAGCUUUAAUUUAUUUGGAUGAACUUCAUUCACACAUGUUGGAGAAUUUGCCAUUGUUGCAGUAGGGAUUUAAGAGUGUAAAAGAAAAAAA